AUGAUAGCUAAUGAAGAUGUUCAAUAUGAACCAAAAAUGAGUCAAUCAUCAAGUGGGAAUGGUAAUGAUAAAGAAAGGUGUAGUAGUAGUACACCUAAUACUAAUACUAAUAAUAUCAAUAACAUGAAUGAUGCAUCAAAUCUUUCGUUAUCUUCAGUAUUUGGUAAAAGUAAAUUUAAAGGUAUAUCAAGACUAUUUUUGGAAAGAGAUAAUAGUAAUACUAAUUUAUCAAGUAAUAACAGUAGUUCAUCUUCUUUAAAUGGUAUAUUACCAUUUAAGAGUUUUAAUAAGAUCAAAACCACAUCAAUAUCGGUGGCUGAGACAAGGUCAGGAAGUAACAACAACAACAACAACAAUAAUAAUACUAGUAAUACAGAGAUUCCAGUUUUAAAAAAAAAUUAUGAUAUAACGGCAGAUUACAUGGAUUCAGAGGUUUCUUCAAUAUCAUCAAUGAGUUCAUUCGAAGUUGAUCCAGAAUUACAUCCAGCUGAUGUUUUGCAAGAAUAUAUCCAAAAAGAAUAUAUAUUUAGAAGAAAUAGAAAAUUAAAAAAAAUUAAUAGAUUAAACAAUCAAACUACCACUUGCAUAUCAGUGAAACAUAAAUUACUUAGUGAUUAUGGUAGACCAGUACGAAAAAUUGGCGAAGGCGCCUCAGGAACUGUGACUGAAUGUAAUACUAAAGAUGGCCAAGUAUUCGCAAUUAAAUUAUAUCGUACCCCUAUGACCACUGCCAGUACGAAUAUCAUAACUACUUCAGAUUCAAAUGAAAGACCUGUACUAUCAACUUUCCAAAAAAACAUUAUUCGAGAGUAUUGCAUUGGGUCUAUAUUUGACCAUCAAAAUAUUAUGAAAACAAUAGAUCUAGUAUUUGAAAUUGAUGAUUUUUCACAAGAUAUUGUACAUUUGAUUCAAGUUAUGGAAUACGUUCCAUUUGAUUUCUUUAAUGUGGUAAUGGAUGGGCAAAUCACUGAUCAAGAAGCUGCUUGUUAUAUGAAGCAAUUAGUUAACGGUACGGCAUAUUUACAUUCAAAAGACAUUGCACAUCGUGAUAUAAAAUUAGAUAAUUGUGUGAUGUCAAAGGAUGGGAUCUUAAAGAUAAUAGAUUUUGGUAGUGCAGUGACAAUAUUUGAUCACGGAACUUUACUAUACGCAUCUGGGAUCGUUGGAUCGGAUCCAUAUUUGGCUCCAGAAUUACUAUCUGGUCAUAGUAAAUCGUAUGAUCCAAGACCUGUAGAUGUUUGGGCUGUAGCUAUCAUGUAUUAUUGUUUGAUAAUGGGAAAAUUUCCGUGGAAGGCCCCACGUAGAAGUUUUAAUAAUUUUAGAUUAUUUUCAGAGGAUCCGGAUGAUGAAGAUGAUGUAUCAAAGGGUCCAUUGCGUAUACUUAGAUUAUUGCCAACUUAUUCUAGACCAUUGAUUGGUCAAAUGAUGGAAUUGAACCCUCAGACAAGAAUCAGGACAGAGGAUAUAUUACACGAUAAAUGGAUACAAAGUAUACAUUGCUGUGAAGUAGAUAGAUCUGGGAGAUUAGUUCAUAAGGGCUCCGAUCAUAUCCACCAUCUACCGAUACAAGACGAUAUAAACAAUAAAGGGAAGCCACUAGAGGAGCAAUAA